AUGACAGAUAUUCACGACGAACUUAAUAAAUUAUCAAUAAAACAGACUAUAAAAGAUGCUGCUGGUAUUUUUUCUUUUGGUGCCGAUAGAGCCAAAGAUGCUGCAAUUGACGCAAAACUUGGUGGUCUGGCUGAUGCUGUUGGUGAUUUACAAGACGGUUUAAAUAAUGUUAACAACAAAAUAGAUGCCCAAGGUAAAGUUUUGGCAGGUGCCAUUGACGGGGUUAAAUCCAAAUUGGAAGGAGCCUUAAAACAACAAGGGGAAAAGUUCGACCAAGACAUUAAAAACCUAGACGCAAAAAUAGCCACAGCCCAAGGGGAAAAUCUCCGCAAAUUUGAGGAACAAAAACGAGCUAUGAAAGCUCAGAAACAGGAGUUAGAAUCCAAAAUCCAAGAAGUCACGGAAAAUCUUACUCGGGCUCAAAACCAACUCCGCAAAGAACUCCAAGACUUCCGCAAUGAACAAACCACAGAAACUCAACAAGCCUUUGAAGACACCCAAGCUGAAUAUGAACGAAGAACCAAAAUAAUCGAAGCCCAAAUUGAAGACAAUCAAGAAACUAUUGAGGAAUUUAAUGAACAAUUAACCAAUGUUCGCAAUGAACAAGCCAAACAAAGAGUCCAACAAGAAGAAAUUUUGGAAGAAUUACAAGAAACCAACGACAUUCUUUUUGCUCAACAAAGAAAACUUAACCUCGUUGCCGAACAAAUGAACGAUAUCCAAGAAGAAGUCCACGAACGAAUGGAUAAACUUUCGCAAAAGUUAGAUGACCGCAUAAACGAAACUCUAACUAUCGCCCAAAACACCAAUCAAAAACUUGAUAAACUAACCGAAGAAAACCCGCCGAAAGAGACUGAAAAGUCGGUGUCAAAACUGGCACCGUUGGCAAAGACUUCCCAAAAACCGAGGGAUAUAUGCUUGCUCCUAAUAGUUGAUGAGAAAGAAACUAUACCGGAGACCAAAAUUAAAGGAGAACAUGAAUCAGCCCCGUUAACUAAGGAAGACCAGAGAAAGGAAGAACAGGCUCAACCUAACGAACAAAAUACCGAAGCAGCCGGAGAAGAAACUAAGCAGUCCGAUAAUGUUUUAGAAGAAAUCGAAAAAUUAAAGACCGAAACCUUAACAAGAUUACAAACUAUUCAACAAGAAAUUAGCACUGGUUUAGAAGAGAUAGAAAGUUCACCAACUAAAUCAAAGCCCCCUAAACCAUCAACUAUUACUGCUAGUCAAGUACUCCAAGCCCAAAGUAAAGUCAAAAUUAAACAAAAAGCCCUCCAAAGACAAAAGGAAGAAGAAAAAAAAGCUAAGCAACAAGCCCAAGCCCAACCAACUAAACAAAAUCAAAAACAACUUCAAGAAGAAGAAAAAGAAACUAAGCAAGCCGAAAAGGAAUUAAACCAAGCCCAAACCGAACUAGAACACUUAGAAAAAAAGUUAGAAUUUGAAGAAACCUUAGAAGCAAAAGAGCAAGAGUUAGAAGAAAACCAGUCCGAAGAACUGCAACAACAAUGGUCUACUGUCCAAGCCCUUAGUCAGCAAGCAUUACAGGAAAAUCAAGACCAAGAAAAAUCCGAAGAAACCAAGGAAGAAGAAUUAGACAAAAAACUGGAAGAGCUAACCCAGCAAUUAAAAGAAAUGGAACAGACGGCUGCCGCCAGUCAAAAAACCAUGACCAUGUUUAUGCUAUUCUUAAUAAUUUUCCUCUUAGAAUAUGUGGUUUAUAAACGAAAUGGUUUACCGGGCUUAGUUAUUCUCAAUAUAACUCUCGCGAUUGCUUAUUAUCACCGCGAUACUUUAAAAGAAUAUUCCGAAUUAUGA